UGUCGAUGCGAGUAAUCGAGGAAAGAUGAAGAAGCUUGGCUUUGCGAAUGUCUUGAUGGCAGCUUUUUGCGUGAGAUGGCUUGAUGCUUGUUCGCGGGUGGUGGUGAGUGCUGGUUUGAACAGGUCUGUCUGCGCUUCGAAAGAGCCAAUCUUGAAUGCGCUUCGCAUCCAUCCUGAAUCUUCCAUAUCCCCCUGUCGAAUCAAAAUUUACGAAUUGAAUGUAACUCAAACUCGAUCUUGACUCGGAGGUCUCAAUCACGGAUGUGAGGACUCGAUCAGAUUCAACGC